UGUGCUGCUACUCGUACGUGUCGGCCAAAGCGACGAACGGGCAUCCAACGGUUCGUGCCCUCUUCUCUCUCGCACGUUGAGGAUAAGGUGACUAUGACAGAUUGGGAGGGGGAAGGCACUAUGGGUUGAAGCAAGAAAUUGAGACUGUGCCACGCGCCAGGAUCUCUAGUAUCACGUUGUCUUCCGCCUUUUUCACUUGGGUUGACGUUUUCUCGAGCAAGUGUAAAUUUUGUGUACUUCAAACGUAAGUGAGAUGCUGCAAGAAUUGCAGUUGCUUCUGCUGUUCCUGACUUGCUUCGUGGUCCCGAGCAGCCAAUGGCCUUACUCGCUCUGGUCCAGCAAAUCUCAAUCCCAACAGUCAGUGCGUAAUGUUUUCCGUACCGGCAAAUUUCUUCCUAGGGUUCUUAAUUUUUUUCCUGAGCCUGUAGAAGAAGAAUGCAUUUCCAUGGAUAAUCGUCGCCGUGGAAUUUGUAUGAAUACGUAUGAGUGUCGUUUACAACGUGGUACCUUUCAUGGACCUUGUGCUCUCGGUUUCGGAGUCUGCUGCAUUUUCUUCAAGAAGAUGCACUCACCCUUUCAACAACACCUUGAAUGGAUCCUCGCCACAUUACCAAUAACUGAGAUUCAAGCCUUCUCAGCAAAUACUCCUUGGAAAAAACACGAAUUCACCUCUGUGGAAGUAUUCAACAAGAGUACAGCAGAUAAAGGUAUUGGAAGAAUAACUCAAAGGGGCUAUAAGGGACGAAAACAACAUGUACAAGGAUAG